AUCUGCGCUCGGUUUGCGCCAUUACGUCGCUAUGCUGAUCGCUGCUGUGCUGCAAGGCAGGCAGGCAGGCAGAGCAGCUGCAGAGAGGCCAGGGGACGCUGACAACAACGGAGUAGGCUCGCGCGCUAGGAAAAGUCAAAAACGCAACAUAUUUCCUAUUUUGUGAUUCGGUGUCCGAAGAUUUUUUUUUCCACGCGUAACCGUUUCACCGAGCAGGUCCUCCUGUAUUUUUACGCAUGCGUGGGAAUAUAUUUUUCAUUAUCUAGACCUGAAAUGACUGCCCGUCGCCGCGUCUAGCCAAUGCUUACUGCGGGGGCUCCUGUCUUGUGGAUUAUCCGUCGUCGCCGAGCCAGUCGCAUGGUCGAGCCCGGAGGAGGCCCCGCUCCGCUGGAUGGACUUGUAUGAGCACGGCGCUGGACUCCGUGUACUGAUGAGGACCGUGAUAGUGAUGAUGCUCGGGUUUCAUCGGCAGCGGGUGAACUGAUCUUGGAUGUUCGGGCUACAUCGCCCCUACUCAAAACAUUUCCUCAUACGGCAACACUUAUAUUCCUUAAAAACUGGACGCCUCUGGAGCAGUUUAUGACGACCCUGGUAGGAGCGUGAUGAGCGCGCGCUUCCACUUGCCUGCUGGCAGAUCCUACAAUGUCCGGGCGACGGAGCUGGAGCGAGACAGGCAGCACACACAGGUUGUGUGCAACAUACUGCUGCUGGACAACACUGUCCAGGCGUUCAAAGUCUGCUCAGAUCAUGGCCAGGUGUUGCUGGAUGCUGUCUUUAAGCACCUGGAGCUGACUGAGAGAGACUACUUUGGCCUGCACUUGGCUGAUGACUCCUUAGAUUCGCCGCGCUGGCUCGAUCCCAGCAAGCCCGUCAGGAAACAGUUGAAAAGAGGCUCUCCCUAUAGCUUGAGCUUCAGAGUGAAAUUCUUUGUGACAGACCCCAGUAAACUUCAGGAAGAAUACACACGGUACCAAUAUUAUCUUCAGAUCAAGCAGGAUAUAGUUACUGGAAGGUUGCCCUGUCCACACAACACCGCCGCACUGCUGGCGUCCUAUUCCGUUCAAUCUGAGCUGGGGGACUACAGUGAAACGGAGCAUACGGCGGGCUACCUGUCGGAAUUCAGCUUCAUGCCCAACCCUCCGCAAGACUUCCACAAAGAGGUCGCCAAACACCACCAGCAGCACAGCGGUCUAUCUCCUGCCCAGUCAGAGUUUAAUUAUCUGAACACAGCACGCACGCUGGAGCUUUACGGGAUAGAGCUGCACUAUGCAAGGGACCAGAGCAACACAGAGAUUCUUCUCGGGGUGAUGUCCGCCGGCAUUGUGAUUUACAAGAACAGGGUACGGAUCAACUAUUUCCCAUGGUUGAAAAUAGUGAAAAUAUCCUUCAAGUGCAAACAAUUUUUCGUCCAGCUAAGAAGAGAGGCGACUGAGACCCGGGAAACGCUGCUGGGCUUCAACAUGGUGAACUAUCGGGCCUGUAAAAACUUGUGGAAGGCCUGUGUGGAGCACCACACCUUCUUCAGGCUGGAUCGGCCUAUCCCACCACAGAAGAACUUCUUCGCUCACUACUUCACCCUGGGCUCGAAGUUCAGAUACUGCGGGCGGACGGAGGUGCAGUCUGUGCAGUAUGGAAAGGAGAAAGGCAUCAAGGACCGGGUAUUUGCCAGAUCGCCCAGCAAGCCGUUGGCCAGGAAGCUGCUGGGCGGAACUGACUGGGAGUCAGUCAGCAGGAACAGCCUAUCAGAUGAGAGACUGGAGACCCAGAGCCUGCCCACUCGCUCGCCACCCGGGACGCCCAAUCAGAACUCACUGUUUGUACAAGAGGGCACACGACUACGCCCUUCUUCCGUUGGCCACCUGGUCGAUCAUGUGAUCCACGCUUCACCCAGCUUGCCUGUCUUCUCCUCCUCCAAUCACAGGUCAGCGUCGUCCACGCAGGCCAACAGCAUCAGCUUGGACUCCACACCGUCUCCAGAGGCGCUAGAUGGCCUGCCUCCAGCUCUGCCCCCCAAGCAGCUGAGCAGGAAGACCUUGAGCCAGAUCAUCCAGGCCCACUCCCAGCAGAGCCUCCUGGACAACCACCUUAAUGAGAUGUACGACGUCCCUGUCAACACUGAUAAGACCACGCUAAAUGGAGUUGUUCCUCAUGAUAAUCUGGUCCUGAUUAAGAUGAUUCCUGACGAACAUGGACGUUUUGGCUUCAAUGUCAAGGGGGGAGCUGACCAGAAGAUGCCCAUCAUUGUGUCUCGAGUGGCUCCUGGAACAUCAGCCGACCUGUGUGUGCCUCGCCUUAACGAGGGGGACCAGGUGGUCUUAAUUAAUGGGCGGGACAUCUCUGACCACACCCAUGACCAGGUGGUCAUGUUCAUCAAAGCCAGCUGUGAGAGCCAUUCUGGAGAGCUGAUCCUAUUGGUCAGACCAAAUGCCAUCUAUGACGUGGUGGAGGAGAAGGUGGACUCGGAGCCAGAUUUUCAGUAUAUUCCUGAGAAGUCCCUUCAGGACCCCGCCCAGCUAGACCAGCAUGCUUUGAGGGACUCCAUGGUCAUUCUGAAGGAAGGCCUGAGCAGUGGAGCCAUCCUCGCUCAGUUUGAUCAACUGUACAGGAAGAGGCCCGGGAUGACCAUGCUGUGUGCCAAAUUACCUCAGAACGUUUCCAAAAAUCGCUACAGAGACAUAUCUCCUUAUGAUGCCACGCGGGUCAUUCUGAAAAGCACAGAUGACUACAUCAAUGCAAAUUACAUCAAUAUGGAGAUUCCAGCCUCAAGUCUUAUAAACCGCUAUAUUGCAUGUCAGGGCCCCCUGCCCAACACCUGCCCCGACUUCUGGCAAAUGACUUGGGAGCAGGGCUCUUCUAUGGUGGUGAUGCUGACUACGCAGGUCGAGAGAGGACGGGUGAAGUGUCAUCAGUACUGGCCCAAUCCAGACCGCAGCGCCACCUACGGAGACUUUACAGUAGCCUGCCACAAUGAAGAAGGCAACACUGCCUUCCUGGUCCGGGAGAUGACUCUCACACACACGCAGAGUGAGCAGCAGAGAGAGCUCACCCAGAUUCAGUAUCUGGCUUGGCCGGACCACGGCGUCCCGGAUGACUCCACUGAUUUCCUGGACUUCGUGUCUCUAGUACGGACCAAACGCGCCGGACAGGACCAGCCGAUGGUGGUACACUGCAGUGCAGGGAUUGGUCGGACAGGGGUUCUGAUCACCAUGGAGACGGCGUUGUGUCUAAUGGAGUGUGGUCAGCCAGUGUAUCCUUUAGAUAUCGUCAGGACCAUGAGAGACCAAAGGGCCAUGAUGAUACAAACACCUAGCCAGUACCGAUUUGUGUGUGAGGCCAUCCUGAAGGUCUUCGAGGAGGGCCUGGUCAAACCGUUCAUGACCGUCGUCUACCAGCUGAGAGAAAAUGUGGAGGAGGAGAGGGAGGAUCAGCAGAAGGCAGGAGAAGGAGCCGAGAUGGCAGCGGUGGACGAGGGGGAGGCGGCUGUGGUGGAGUUGCUGGAAGGAGGUCUGGAUGAAGAGGAUGAUGACGACGAAGAGGUGGAGGUGCUUGAUGUGGGGGAAGUGACAGAAGAGGGGGAGGAGGAGGAUGAAUAUGAGGAGGAAGUGGAGGAGCCAAGCGUCGCAAGCGUAACAAGCGUCGCAAGUGCUGCAAGUGCCAUCAGCGCCAUCAGUGAGACCAGCGUGAACCCUGAUCCUGACCCUGAUCCUGCUAACCCGUGACUUUUGAACUUUGGUAGUCAUGUGGGUUGCUAGGAGGAGGCCAGGUGGGCCGGAGGAGAGAACAAGAGCACUGUUGCACUUUAUGCUGACAAAAACGGAAACAAAAGACACACAAACGAACAUACGUGACAGUCAUGGACAAGCUAGAAUAAAAAAAGAAACCCAGCUGUGUUGAAUAGGUACCAUUAGUGGAUAUUGUGUGUUCGGGGCAAAGAAAAAAAGUCAUGAAAAGUUAAACGUACGAGAGAAUAAAAUGUGGAUGGGGAAUUGCUGUAGUGCCAUAAGUAGGAAGAGGAAGGGCUGCCCCCAUGGAUGGAAAGUUGUUUUAUUUCCGCGACGGGUCGCCCUGUCCCCUUCUGAGCGAGUCUGCCAGACGGACCUGCCCUUUUUUUAGUGUCCUUUUAGCUGAUAAAGAGAUAUACCUUAUCUUUUGUUCCUCAGAAAGAGUAUUUAUUGUGUUUUAGUUUGUGUCAAACCCUGUCCACUGAACAAAAAAAAUAACUUGUUUGUUUGUAUGAAUCUAGAGCUUCAUGCUUUCCUGAUUAAAUCGUAGGUACUAUAAAGUAGUGCGAUUCCUCUUCUAACUAGUUCUUUAUUUCUUUUGCUUUUUCGUGGAGAAAAAAAAAAAGAACUGAUUUAAUUUAUUGUACUUUGGUUUUUUUUAUCUCUCAGCUUUCUGGUCUAAGUUUCUGACGGCACAGAUGGACAGCUGAAAGCACUUUGUGUCUCACCGCUUGUUCGAUGCCGUGUGCAAGUUGUACUCCUGAUGCUGCUGUGUGCUGUGUUUUUGAGCUCUACCGACACGGACGCUCUGAAGCGGCCUCGGUGUUUGCUGGGCACCUCUCUUUCACAUCAGUCACAGCAAAUCAGACCUCUCUGAAAGACGUAAUGAUGGGAAGAGUCUAACUUUCAGCAUUGGAGAGACUAUACAGAACAAAUUCUCCUCUCACCGUAACAGUGUCACAAAGAGAGGCCCCAGUAGACACACAGAGUUAGAAUCUAGCUAAGAAACAAGGCCGAGGUCAGUUCAUUUCUUUAUUCAAAUUCACACGUUUAAAUCAAACCCCGGGUCCCUGCUGAAGUGUCCUUGAGCCAGACACCGACAACAAAUCCCCAUUGUGUGUGAAGCGCUGUGGCUUCACUCCGACUGAUCGAUCAAUGACACCAGUAUCAUGAAUUAGUUCUUGAAAGCUGCUCUCAGUAUUUUUGCUUUUUAGAAUUGCUUUGACAGUGAACUGAUCUCAACCUUAGUGUGACUUUAAAAGCUUCCUCCACUGACCUCCUUUUAUAUACAUAAUCAUUUAAAUAUCAUAAACAGGAGCAGACAUGGAUCUCUUCCGACACAUUUGCAGUUGAGACUGGUGUGAGCCGUCGUAAGACUCGCUAGUACCCUCAAUCAGACUAGUUAUUUGGAAAUGUCCUCAUCGAAUCCUUAUUUUUGACUAAGUUUCAUUGAGGUCCAGAGGUCACUGGAGCGGGCCUUUAAUCCAACCUUUGCUGUUUUGUUUGAGUUUUUCCUCAAUCUGUCUGUUGACAGUUCAAAGAAGCAGCACAAACAGAACACUCAACCGAUACUUUCUUUUAUUGAUCUCUCCCAAUGGUACUUCAUUUUAAGGCGCAUGUUUGGUUGUUUUUUUUCUAGCCAAGAUGAUGAUGUGUUAAUAAGAGAGAGUGUUAAUGAGACUAAGUAGACUAUUGUAUUUUUAAUUCACAAAACCCAGCAUCAAGUUGCCCGUUCUUUUUUUGUGUCAAAGUACAGGUUAAGCCGCCAUCGUACUUUACAUAGUGGUAUGGAAUGAAGUGUAGCCUCGUCAUAAUUUUAGAUAUUUUUCCUAUCGGCUGCUUCAGUACCUGCUGUUAAAGGAAAAACAACAAAAACCUACUGCUGUGAGUGUGUGUGUGUGUGUGUGUGUGUGUGUGUGUACACUCAGAUUUCUGUCUUUAUCUUUCUCUGUACCUCUCCCUCCGUUUCUAACGUAUAGUUUGUUAGCUGUCUGGUCUAAGCCUGCUUGUCCGUCAACUGGAACGAAGGGUUGUGCCAUAAAGCCACAAACCUAAUCUAACCUGAUCUCAAGUUGUUUUCUUUCCCUGAAGAAUCUCAGAUAGACUUUGUUUAAAGUCUGUCCUAAGAACCAUUUCAAACCCAGACUCGUACCUCCCUGUUAAACAGCCAAAUCACACUUUUGACACAGAGCAAGAAGAGCCUCGCUUUCCUCCUUUUUUUUUUUUAAUUUAAAUUUAUAUAUCUCUGCUAUAUUGCGGACCUUUUCCAAAAUCUGCCCAGCUCCUUCUCUCAGGCACCAUCAGUCACUUCUACAGAGCCCACGCAACAUCCAUGGUCCAUUCUUCCCAUUGUUCUUCCCCAGAUGCUUUUGGAUCAUUUUACAUGGAACCCACUCUCUCUGCUCGGCAGAAUACCAGAGCAGUAUCAAUCUCGUUUCCCACAGGACGCACUGUGGGCCGCCAGUGAAUGACCAAAUAACUGGUUUAAACUUGUCUUUAUUUUAUUUGGCCUACCCCACACGUAUGAGCUUUUAAUCAAAAGAACAACGUUCAGCACUCGGUGGCUUUUUCUAAUCACUUGUUUGCAUUCAGCAGGGGCUCCAACCGCAUCAAAUUUAAUUAACUCCGAAGGCCUCGUGAUAAAGUGGUGUCAAAAACAAGUUCCCCUGAAAAAACAUGAAUUUCAAACAUGAAAAUAAAACACGGCCCCCUGCAGUGCAAAGUGAAUAAUUGAUUUUCCAUCUGCACAAUCAGCUUUCUGUGUUCAAAGUGUUUGGUUGUUGACACAUAAUUGGUGCACUCUGUGCGUUUAGGGUACUGAUCAAAGGUGGUUUGGAGGGGACCAGACGUGGGCGUGGGCUGGAGUUAGUUGUAUUUUUGUAAAGAUGAAAACGGCUCGAGUUGGAUAGGGAAAGGACGGCACUUUGUAGAAGGCUGAGUGGCAGGUAGUGCAACUGGGGAGGGGCGCAAAAAGAUAUGACGCAUUGUUAAAAUGAGUUGUUCUUUUUUUAGGGGGGGAGGGGGGGAUUUUACAUUUUUAGUUUGUUUAAAAAUAAAAAAGAACUCCUAACUACACAGUGCCACUUGUUAAUUUUGUGUAAAUAAUACUAGAACAUGUAAAUACAAUGUUGUAUAUGAAAAAAAAUCUUUAAAAUAAAAGGGAAAAUCAUUUGUGAGCAGAAAGAUUUUGUUUUUGUUUUCCUUUUGUUUUUUUGUUUUCCUUUUGGAUGAUUCAAAAUGUGUCACAAUUGGUGUGUUUUUCAAGACUGCUAUUUCAAAAAAACAACUUUGUUUUUGGUUUGAGACGUUAUCUAUUACAGCGAGUGUAUAUACAAUGAAACGCAAAACAAUGAGAAAUGUUUUACCGUAUUAUACCCUUGGUUAACUCCUACCUGUGUCAUAAAAACCUUUGUCCUCAGUCGCUUGUUUCUUUCUGGUAUCAUGGUUUAUGGUGCUUUGUCUCAACACUUGAUUGUGAACUAUUAAAGCUGCUCUGUGAAAACAUGGA